UCGGUGAUUCGGUGGUUGUUGAUGAGGUUGAUGUCUUAGCCAGCAAAAAUUUAGGGCUAAGCUUGAGAUCAGGAUUUUUGGUGUUGCUCCUGGUUCCGAGCAUUAUCUUCGGACGCCGCGCUCUGAUGCUUUAUUACUCAGCCAGGUGUUGCCCUGUGAGACUUGUUGCAGGCAUUGGAAAGAUGAGGUGACAAUUCCCUCUAAAUGCCUCUACCUUAACAUCUGCCCAAGGCUACUCGUGGACUUGGUGUCUGGGCUCCAGACAUGAGCAGAGUGGCCUCUCAGGAGAUAGCUGGCAAGUACGGCUUGUGCGGAGCAUCACGGGCUAGCGGGGAUGGCGGUGGUGGUGGAAAUGAGCCCAGCCUUCAACGGCAACUGGAGGAGCUCAAGCGUAAGCUCAAGGAGGACAUGCGCAAAGAGCUGAAGAUAAAAGAGGGUGCUGAAAAUCUGCGCAAGGCAACCACCGACCGCAAGAGCCUGGCCCAUGUGAACUCCAUUGUCAAGAAAGCCAAUUCACGCCUCAAUGACCUGCAGCGGCAACUCAGUGACCUCACCGCUGAUAUUCUGGUCACCCAGGGGCAUCCGUCACCUGAAGGUGUGCAGCCACUUUCGACGGAGUCCUUCUAUGGUGACAAGGGGGAUGUGCCACUUUCAACGACAGACCAGCGGUUGCAGUCACUUGAGAAGCAGCUGAAUAUUGAGCUGAAAGUAAAGCAGGGCGCUGAGAACAUGCUACAGAUGUACAGCUCCGGCCCUUCCAAGGACCGCAAGAUGCUGGCUGAGGCACAGCAGAUGCAAGCAGACUCAAAAGUCAAGAUUGACUACAUCCGCAUGAUGAUGGCUCGACUGCGGCAGAACCAGGAUAGCCAUACCAAGGAUGUUGGUGAAGGCUGCUCGAACAACCACCUGGACAAUACCACUGGAGGUAAGAUAUCUGAGGUUAUGUCACCUGUAGAGCUUCAGAUAGAAGACCUCCGUCAUCGGCUCAAGGUGGAGUGUGCUGUUGUGGAAGGAGCGAAGAAUGUGCUCAAGCUAUGUCAGGCUGCAGGAAAAGUCACAGAUCGUAAAGUCUUCCAAGAGGCACAGAACAGUUUAGUUGAAUCGAGUGAGAAGCUUGAUUUGGUUCGCCGGUCACUGGAACUGAAGCGUGCCGAACUGUCACCAGGCAGUGCCAAGUGGCAAUUGCUCAAGCGCGAGUUGGAAUCUAGCCAGCUGGUGAACCCUUACUCGCCAUCCAUAGUGCCACAUGGGCCCCGAACUGAGCAGCCAGGCUUGCCAGCAUCUCCGCUAAGCCCAUUGGCAGCCAGCCCAAGCGUGCCUCUUUCAAAGCCAGCUUCUGUCACGGGUCAGCUUCAAGUCAGGCUGAUGGGUUGUCAGGGCUUGCUGGAAGAUGUUCCAGGUCGGCUGCCUCGAGCGCAAGUGGCAGGGAUGGGAGCCGAUUUGCGCAGUAGCCUUGUUCGAGCCACAGGUCGAGGCUUCUCUGGGCGCAACUCCUCACGCUCCUACAGCAUCAAAGAAGAAACCUCUAAUGAAAUUAUGGCUGUUUUAAAGCUUGACAAUGUCCAUGUGGGCCAGACCACUUACAAGCCGUGUAGUCAGCAAGCAUGGGACCAGAGGUUCACUAUUACUCUCGAUAGGUCUCGAGAACUGGAGAUCCAGAUAUACUGGAAAGAUUGGCGUGGCAUGUGUGCUGUGAAGUUUCUCCGGCUCGAAGAGUUUAUUGAUGAUGACAGGCAUGGCAUGGCUCUCCAUCUGGAACCUAAGGGACUUCUCUUUGCAGAGAUUAAGUUCCUGAACCCAAUGAUCUCAAGAAAACCUCGUCUACAGCGACAGCGAAAGCUUUUUAUUCACAAAGAUAUGUUGAAGCGUUUCUUCCGAAAGAACUUUCUCCGGCCAACACAAAUGAACAUCAAUGUGGCCACUUGGGGUCGCUUGAUGAAGCGAGCUAUGCCUCCUGGCUGCUCUGACCAGGUGACAACAGUCAGCCCUCCUGAUGCACUUCUCUCUACAGCUCCGGUUCCCACACCUCCUGACUUGGACAGUCUAGUGGUCACCAAGCUCAACUUUGAAGACAGCAACGAAACUGACACGUUGAGUCCAUUGUCACCACUUCAGACAUCACUUGAAGUAGAUGUUCAGUCUGCACUUGGGGAGUUUGACUUCUUACAACAAGAGACGUCGCCAAUGGUCGUGGAGCAAAAGGCACAGCCUGCCUCGAACAUUGUAACCAGUGGCCAUUCACCAAGUCCUGAGCCCAUAGUUGAACUGGCUCCUGAUGAAGAGGAGGAAGUAAACAAACUUGGCGAGCCACUGCAGCUGACAACUACGACAGUAACUGUUGUUGAAAGUGCCCAGGGAUCUUUGACCCUUGAGGAUUUUGAAUUUAUAAGUGUGCUGGGGCGAGGACACUUUGGAAAGGUCAUUCUGAGUAAGCACAAAGUAUCAGGCCAAUACUUUGCCAUUAAGGCUCUAAAGAAAGGAGAUAUUGUGGCACGAGAUGAACUGGAAAGCCUUAUGGCAGAGAAACGCAUUUUUGAGGUGGCGAACUCUAUCCAGCACCCAUUCCUCGUCAACCUAUUUGCCUGCUUCCAGACUGUGAAUCAUGUGUGCUUUGUGAUGGAGUAUGCCUGCGGAGGGGACCUGAUGAUGCACAUCCAUACCGACAUUUUCCCUGAGCCUAGAGCUGCCUUUUAUGCUGCCUGUGUUGUUCUGGGACUGCAGUUUCUUCAUGAAAAUCGCAUCAUCUACAGGGAUCUCAAGCUGGACAACCUGUUGCUUGAUGCUGAGGGCUACGUGAAAUUAGCCGACUUUGGUCUGUGCAAAGAAGGCAUGGGCUAUGGUGAUCGGACAGGCACUUUCUGUGGCACACCUGAAUUUUUGGCUCCUGAGGUGCUCACCGAAACUUCGUACACUCGAGCUGUUGACUGGUGGGGCUUAGGUGUCCUGGUCUUCGAAAUGCUGGUGGGCGAGAGCCCUUUUCCUGGUGAUGAUGAAGAGGAAGUGUUUGACAGCAUUGUGCAUGAUGAAGUUCGAUACCCACGCUUCCUCUCCAUAGAGGCUGUUGCCAUUAUGCGGAGGCUGUUAAGGAAAAACCCUGAAAGGCGCCUUGGCACAAGUGAGAAAGAUGCAGAAGACGUCAAGAAGCAGGCAUUUUUCAGAAACAUUAACUGGGAACAUCUGCUUCUGAAAAAGCUGAAGCCCCCGUUUGUGCCUACUGUGAAAAGCCCGGAAGAUGUCAGCAACUUCGAUGAAGAGUUCACGUGUGAGCAAGCAGUCCUGACAGCGCCCAAGGAUCCCCGCCCUCUCACUCAGGAGGAGCAGGCACACUUCAAGGAUUUUACUUACACCAGCGGCUGGUGCUGAAGAGCUCCACAUGCCUCUACCUGAAAGCCUUUCCCUCCUCUUGCUGUAUCUUCCUGUCAUCGGGCAAAACCUAGAAGCAUGUGGUGCUUCUGUACAACAGGAAAUCAGCACUAAGCAUUUCAGGAAAAAGAAAGUGAGCUCAUUGUGAACAACUGCUGAGAUAUCUUUAAGGAGACUGUUGAUCAAGGACAGCUGUAGAGUUUGGGGUCUGGUCGGGUAGUGUGUGGCAUUAUUGCUUUGCAUUUUGUGAGCGCGUGCUGCCUGCCAGUGUGCUUAAUGCCCAACAUCGGUACUGUGCUUGUGUGCUAAACAGGUUUUGCAUAUGAUAUCCUCCCUUGAGUGUCCUGCAGGCAAAAUGUGUGGCAUUCUGCUUUGUUUUUUGCGAAGUAGGGCAGCUAAGUGACAGACUUAACGUGGAUAUCUGCAGAAAAAUAAAGCAAUUAUGAGCAUGACUUUCUUCGCUGUUUUCUGAUGGCGUAAGAGGUUGACAUAGAGGCUAGCUUGACCUGCUAAGCAGCAGAGUAAAUGAAGUGCUACUAUUACCCUUUCCUUCAUAGAAACCACAACUUGUAGAAAGGUGUUCCUGGUCAUGUUGCUUAACUUAAGAAAAGCAAGUCUUAGCUUGCACAAGCUGCACUCACUGGUGUGUUGUGAGUCUUGUGACAGUACUUGGCCCUACUUUGAUAUUUGUCGCACCUUCAUGAUCUCGUGUGUCAUGCCUGCUGUGGCUGUGUCCUUGAUUUUGUGUGUAAUAACUGUCAAUUAGCGAUUGUGUUACUGGUCUUGUUUUUGGAUGUUUGUCACUGCUGCAUGUUGCACUUCAGGUCACACACACACACACUUCGUGUAUAUCCACAGAACAGCCAUAAGCAUUAAGGUUUCCUUGCUGCUUUCACAGGAACUUCACACAGCCCUCAUGAGCUGUCAUGUGCAUGGGUGCUUGCAAGUCACCAUUGAGUUUUCACACUGCAAGAGUUGUGCUUAAGAUGAAGCAGACAUGAAUUUCUCUGCAUUGGCCGGCUAUGUAUGCUGCUGUUAAGACAGCUGCAGCUAUUAAUUUUCAAAUAUUAAUUGCUUGAGCUGCUUGCAGAGCCAGCUAGCCUUCCUCAAUAUGUUUAGUCACUGCUGUAUCAGGCCUCAUAGCUUGUUACAUUAAUAGGCUAGUGGGGUUUGUUCAUGUAGGAGUUGGCUGCACGGUGAAGUCAUGUCGGUUAUCGCGAUUCUUCAUUGAGAAGAGUGAACUCUGCUAACACAGCGGCAACACUGACAGAAUCUCAAAAGUUAACCGAUUCUUGUGUGCUAUUAAAAUUUAAAAGCAUAUACUCCCGUGCUGCGUGAUAUGGGUGUUGCAAGAGGUGCAGGAAUGCAAUUUUUGUGCCUUUUCUUUUCUUUGCACGUUGAGUACAAACUGGUAGCAUGUUACAAUAGGACGAAUGACCUCCCUGUUUGCUCAUUGCAAUGAAACCAAAUGAAGGGGCCAGGCUUGCAAACAUAGCCAACACCUUUGAUGUGUGCCUUUUAAAAGUGCUUUGGAAACAAACGUGCUCAAGCAGUGUGAAGAAAAAAAGAGGGGGGUGGGUAAAUGCUCAUUGCUGUUGUGUGCAAAGAGGGCAUUUAAUAAUCCUGUUACUUGAGCCUAUGUAACAGGCCUUAACUUAUGCUUCAGUACUGCCAGUAGCCUCGUACACAGUGGGAGGCAUGCUGCUUGCUCUUUUGCUCUGAAGUUGGGCAAUUUUUUUUUUUGUCUUUUAUACAGGGUGUCCCAGCUAACUCUUGCGAAUAUUUUAAAUUAUUCAGGUGUGCUAUAGGAGGACGCAGCUAAAGGCAUAUUGUUGACCCCAUUGUGGAGCAAAUCAAAAGAUUUUCAAUGGAGCAAUUGAACAAUAUUCUGUGUAGUUGCAUAAUUAGCCAAGAUUAAUUAACCUUGCUUUUCUUAAGAGAGGAACUUCCAAUGAAGAAUCUGUAGAGCAUUUUAGGAAACAUGGUUCUGCAGUAUUCAACUUCACACUGAUUGUGCAGUUAUUUUUUCUGUGCCAUAAAGAAAGACCACCUAAUAAUAUUAAACAUGUGACAACCCGCUUGCAUGCAGUGAUUGCAGGGCUUUCAGUUGGGCAGCAUGGGAACGAACUGCGCUUUUGAGUUAGUUCACUGCCAAUGAGAAAGUGACAGGGUGGCAACAAUUUCCGGUUCUUAAUUCUGUUUAUCUGCUGCUUUUGGCCGUACAGCCAAGAUCAAUUGCUGAAGUGAAUUUUGAAGCAAAUGCCUGCAUCUCUGCCCUGUCACUUUCUUAUUGACAGCACGCUAGGUUAAACGUGCUGUUCGCCCAUGCGUGGCAUGUUUGAGAACACUGCGAUCGCAACGCACAAAUGCUUAGCCAUAUGGAAUUUUUCAUACCUUGUGGGCUUUCUUUAUAACACGGAAAAAAUAAUGGUGCAAUUGGUAGGAAGUUAAUACUGCUGAAUUAGACAUUUCCAACACUCAACAUCUUCUUUAUUAAAACAUUUCUCUAAAUGUAAGACCUGCAAAGUUUAACUUUGACUAAUUAUGCAACUAAACAGAAUGAUUGAAUUUGCUUUAUAAUGUGGCCAAUAACAUACUUUUAGUUGCGUCGUCUUAUAUUAUGCCCUGUAGCUAAAGUUAGCUGGGGCGCCAUGUAAAUAGUUCCAAAUUGUGACCGCUGUGGAAACAUGGGCUGUUGAGGAUUCUUUAGUGAGAGCACCCUUGCUUCCUGCUCAAACCUUGGCACUGCUUCAAGUCAUUUCUGUAAGACGUGCACCUUAAAUACUCAUGAUAGGCAGCACUGCAGCUUGCUGUUGUAGUUUAUGCACCGUCUCAGUACAGAGAGCACCGCGUGCUGCCUUUGUUCUUCUUCUGUAGCAGUGUUUUUGUCUCAGGAUCAGUAACUUGUGUUUUUCUUUCUUGGUAAAGGGCAUGAACAUUGCCUUUCUUCUGCACUCUUACACCAGUAUUUAUGAUAGUUGGAUAGUUGCUGUUGCACAAGCCUUGCAAAAGCUUUUUCUCCUGCCUUCAUGUACUGCAUAUUGUAUACUGUUUCUCUAUUCUGUUAUUGCUCAUUCAGGAGUGUCUUUUUCUUAUUGCAAUAAUCCUCCCAUGUACUUGAAAUCUUCAGCGGGGUAAAAUUUUUUAAAACUACCUUGUUUGCACGGUUAUAAUAAGAUGGCUUGCUAAAAUUUUAAUUCUAAUUGUGCACUUUAAAUGUGGUGAGAUCCUUAGCAUGGUAAAAUUUGUUUAAACUACCUUGUUUGCACAGUUAUAAUAAGCUGGCUUGCUGAACUUUUAUUUAUAAUUUUGCACUUUAAAUGUGAGAUCUUCAGUGUGGUAAAACUUGUUUAAACUACCUUGUUUGCGUGGUUAUAAUAAGAUGGCUUGCUAAAAUUUAAUUUCUGAUUUUGCACUUUAAAUGUGGUGAGCUGAAAUGCCAGGCAAAAUGAGCCUUUGUGAGAACAUCAGCCCUUGAAUGGCCUAGAAUAGCAAAGAAGGCAACUUGUCUGUGUAUUAAGAGGAGACGCUCCUCAGAAAAACAUUUUUUAAAUAUUUUUACUAGAUAUCUGAAAAUCCAGCCACUUAUAGGGCAUUACAAGCACAUUUCGAAUAUGUUUUUAGUUUCUGUGUAACCUAGUUACGUCCUACACAGUGGUAAAAUGGAGUAAUUUUGUGAGCACUUUUUGUGUAAUAAAUUUUUGCAAAAAGCUUUGUGCUGUAGCUUAUUUAGCUCUUUGUAGACCGCUAAGUGCCGAUAUGUAUUCAAACGGCAUCUACAAUUACUGCAACUAUGAAAAAAAAAAUUGGGGCACUUCAACUAAUUUUUUCCACAAUCACAUGAAAAUAACUGUGCAUUUAUAAUUGUCUUACACUAACAAAAUUUGGCAUAGAUACUCUUGAAGAUAUGUAGAGUGCUGAUACCUACUUGAAACUGCAAUAUCUCACUGCAGUAGUUGCAAAAGUACAAGGUUAUGUUUCAGGGAAUCGAGAAAAAAAGUUAGUUGAAAUGCUCUAUAAUCUUUUUACAUAGUUCCAGUAAUUGUUCAUGCUGUUUGGCUAGAUAUCAGCACUUUGAGAUCUACAAAGCGCUAAGAAGCUACAGCACGAUGCUUUUGUGAAAAUUUUGUACAUAAAAAAGUGCCCACAAAGAUUACUGUAUUUUGCCUUUAAUUGUACAUCACAUACCUCAAAAACUAUAACAGCUACACAAAAAGUAAUGCCAUAUUUGAAAUCUGCAGAGAAAACGCUAUCAUUGGCUGAAUUUUGAAACCUCUAGUACAAUAAUAAAAAAAUGUUAUUUCGAGGAGUGUCUCCCCUUAAGGGGGGAAUAAAGACAAUCAAGCAGAGAAGGGCAUGCUUGUCAAAGGAGGCAUGAGCUCAACAAAUUUGCCGGUGAAGAAAGUGUGGUGUAAAGUGAUCCAACAGCCUGGUCCAGAAUUGUGAUGCACACCCCUGCAGUCUCAUCUGUGUAAUCUGUUUGCAUAACCACAGCUACCCAGUGCUCGCAUGCCUGGCCACUUGGGACAUUACAUCAUAGUCUAGUUGGAAUGUUAUAGUUUGAUAGGUGGUCCGUUAUUACAGUGUUUCUGCAAGGGCCCCAGGACACGUGUUUUGUAUGGGCAAAGGUGUUCCCAUGACCACUGUAGUGGAUCACUACACUAAUGCUACUUUACCUAUAGUUGUUAUAGUCAAAGUAGGCACCUUCUGUUUAAAUCGUAACAUUAUUACCUUCCUCACUUGUGAAAAGUCCUCUUGGCAUUAGACCUGUCAUGUUAUAGCCGUGCAAAUACAGUAGUUAGCUUGUAAUUGCAGUCUUCUUAUUUAAACCAGUUUGUUACCGUUUGGUUUGUGAAUGUGACAUUAAUUCUUUGAGCAUGAGGAAUCUGUCAGGUUAAAGAAAAACUUGUUGAUUCAGUGUCCAGUCUGUUCCACAGCAAGCAGCUUCUUCCUUUUGUUCAUGUUAAGCUUUAAUUCGCUAAUUUGACUAUGAUUCAAUGUAAAGUCAACCUUUUUGUGUUUAGUAAUUUUAACUUCUAGUUUAUUUUGAUGUGUGUUUGUGCUUAACAUUGUACACUUUUUAUGUGUAUGCGUUGCCCAAAUUUCAGACAGAGCUGUCUGUACAAGGAGGGUGCAGCAGCAAAGGCCUUCAUUGUAUUUUACGUUGUCCUUGCUACUGUCAAAAAAAGGUAAAUGACAUAGUUAUGAUUUUGUAAGCACAUCAUUGUCAGAAAUGUGAGAAAGGCAUACUGAUACACACUUUUCAUGACAAAGGCUGAGCCUUAGUUUUGCUUUUGUUGCUAUAUACUGCAUACAGCAAGUACUUGAGGAGGGGGAAAAAGUUAUGGUAACAAAAAUAUGUUCAUUUCAUUUUCCAUAUAACGCUGAUAUUCUUUUGUAUGCGUUUUGCUAUGCAGUUUAGGUCAGCUUUUACAGAUUUCAAAUGUUUGUCACCAAAGAAUAUAAGAGAAAAGUAAGAAGUGCACCAAGCUGCUGUACCCUCACGAGAGGUUCAGUCCUUGUUUAUGUAUGUAGUAUGUGCCGGACUUCUUUGCUGCCACUCGUGCAAUUUCUACUGGCUUCUAAGAGGCCCCGCGUAUGGCAGAGAGCUGAAAAGCUACCGUGUUGUUCAAUCAAGUCAAAUUACCAAUGUUAAUGCAGAUGCAAGUCGAGAACAGAUGCAUUUUUUGCCAGACAUCUCGCAGUUUUGUACGGGGAGCUUCCUCCCACUUUUUUUUUCUUUGCAUUUUGCAAACACGAUAAUGCACAUCUUGCAUGAAGGAUUUUGUGGGUGCCAACUGUUUUUACAUGAUAUCAGCAGCAUUCAGGUUGGCCAGUUUUUAUUGUGCUUUUAAAAGCAUGUUGCACUUAUUCAUUUUGUGGAACCUUGUGAUUUUUCCUACGAGGCAAGGUUGGUUGUACAGAUGUUUGAAGAACACCGCAAUGUGUGUUAGUCAAGACAACAAGGUUGUUCUUGACUGUGUUGAUUACUGGUCUUCCGUUUUAUUACAGGAUGGGUAGGUGUACUUGUAUAUAUGUUUGAAUGUACUGUUACUAAAUAAAUUAAUUGGAAUGAUCUUGUA